UUUUUUCUAUUCGUAUAUCAUUAGACAUAUAAAUGUAUAUGCACAAUACAAGGGGAGGCUCAACAACUUCAUUUUAAGCAAUGACUUCUCAUAAAGUAGUCUAUGCAUCUCUCAUCAUAUAUGCAUUGAUCAUAUUCAUAUCUCAUUCUCAGGCUUCUUCAAUUGAUGAUAAUGUAGAUUUCAAAAAGAUUGAGUCUGGUAAUGAUCCAAGUAAAGUUGAGUUGUCACUUUACUAUGAAACUCUCUGUCCAUACUGUGCAAACUUCAUAGUGAACAACUUGGCGAAGAUCUUUGAGAAUGGACUCAUCUCCAUCAUCAAUCUAAGGCUGGUCCCAUGGGGAAACACUAAUCUCAAAGAUAAUUCAACCUGGGUUUGCCAGCAUGGACCAGAUGAGUGUCUGCUAAACACAGUGGAAGCCUGUGCCAUUAGAGUCUGGCCUGACUUGGGAGCACAUUUCAGCUUCAGAUUCAUCAAAUGCGUCGAGCAUUUGCAUCUGGAGAACAAGCACAAUGAGUGGGAAUCCUGUUUUGGAACACAAGGAUUGAAUUCAAAACCUGUUGUGGAUUGCUACAACAGUGGACUUGGGUUUCAGCUUGAACGAAAUUAUGCUGAUGAAACUGCUCAUCUUAAUCCACCUCACAGAUUUGUUCCUUGGGUGAUUGUGGAUAAUCAACCACUGCAAGAUGAUUACCAAAAUUUUGCAGCCAACGUCUGCAGAGCAUACAAAGGCUCUAGCAGACCUAGUGCUUGCAAAUCACUUUCUGUUGGGAUCAACUCAUCCAACAAUGAAAAUUCUGUUGCUCAAGUUAGCUAUACAAGCGAGGCUAAAAACUUGACAUCAAUGGCACCAGCACAGAAAAAACCAGAAUCACCAACAACUUCAUCGACAAAGCGGAUGAAGAUGAAGAUGGAAAUUUCUGUGUAAUUCGUAGCACCUGUGACUUAGUCCAGCAUCAAUCCAUUACCAUACAUAUAUAAUUGACAGGCUAAUAUAAUCAUGUGUUCAAAUGGCAAACCAAGUUUCUAAAAAGUGCAUGAAUUGGGUGAAAAUCCCAAAUGAUGAAAUCUAGGUUAAGGAACAUAUGUUGUUAGAUUCUAAACUUUCUCAAGAAAAUUCAAAAUCCUUGCAAGCAUUUACAUUAGUUGGAAACAGACAACUACUUCUAAAUCUACGCAGCAACAAUCUGUGAACAAUUGAUUUAGAAAUGAGUUUGAAUGAUUCAAUAUAGUGAUCAACUUAUCUCCUA